ACGUAACAUUUAUGUUGACUAUUAAAAGGGUUCCUACCGUCGUUUCCAACUACCAAGAAGAUGCUUCAGAAAACACCCAAAACCAAACCGAAACCCUAAUCGGUUGUGGCCGCCAUUGCCUUGGCAAGUGCUGCUUCCCUGCUUCUAAGCUUCCCCUUUAUGCAUUCAACAACGAUGAGGUUGACCAGCUUGAGCCCGCUGAAAAGAUUGCCCUGAUUUCUUCAAUUGAGGAACCUUCAGUGUCCUUUUUGAGCCAUUUGUUACUGGGACAGUGGGAGGACCGGAUGAGUCGGGGGCUGUUCCAAUAUGACGUGACCACAUGUGAGACAAAGGUCAUCCCAGGGACAUACAGUUUCAUUGCACAGCUGAACGAGGGACGCCACUUGAAGAAACGACCUACUGAAUUUCGUGUUGACCAGGUUCUUCAACCCUUUGAUGAGAACAAAUUCAACUUCACAAAAGUUGGACAGGAAGAAGUGCUCUUUAGGUUUGAGCCAAGCAAUUCUAGCACGUCCCAUUUCUAUCCUAGUGUGCCAGUCAAUGUUGAUUCAACUUCACCAAGUGUUGUUGCGAUCAACGUGAGCCCAAUCGAGUAUGGGCAUGUGCUUCUGAUUCCCUGUGUCCUUGAUUGCUUGCCUCAGAGGAUUGAUCCUGGCAGCUGCUUGCUGGCUCUUCACUUGGCUAAAGAAGCAGCAGAUCCCUUCUUCAGGGUGGGUUACAACAGCUUGGGUGCUUUUGCCACCAUCAAUCACCUCCACUUUCAGGCAUAUUACCUAUCUGUGCCAUUUCCGGUUGAGAAGGCACCGACUCAGAGAAUAAUAACUGGGAAGGGACUGCGUGAUGGUGCAGUGGUGGUUUCACAGCUGCUAAAUUAUCCUGUACGUGGUCUUGUUUUUGAGGGUGGAAACACAAUGCGUGAUUUGUGUGAUGCCAUUGCUAAUUCUUGCAUAUGCCUUCAAAAUCGCAACAUUCCUUUUAAUGUCCUCAUCUCUGAUUGUGGGAAAAGAAUCUUUUUAUUCCCUCAGUGCUAUGCAGAGCAACAAGCACUAGGAGAAGUAAGCCAGGAGCUUCUGGACACCCAAGUGAACCCUGCUGUGUGGGAAAUCAGUGGCCAUAUGGUACUCAAGAGAAGGAAGGAUUAUGAUGAUGCCUCUGAGGAUUAUGCUUGGAGACUUCUUUCUAAGGUUUCCCUACCAGAGGACAGGUUUCAAGAGUUGAAGAUUUACAUCUCGGAAGCAGUUUGUUUACAGGAGGUUGGGUCGUCAGAGUAUAGUAGCUUGAAUUUGGAGAAAGAUCUUCGCAACUCUCUUGCAUCCCAGGUUGUCUCGCAUUUACCUAAUGAUUGUCUAGUUCUCCCCUGAAGGAUUGUUUUUGCGACAUUGGGUGUCUAGUUUGUUUGUUUUCUGCUAAAUUAGUGGGUUACACGGGAUAGCAGUCUGAUCUUCCAUAGUAUUUCUGGAAGAAACUAUUUUGAUACAUGGUCGCGUCAGAAUCCUGAUAGUUUCAAGGUAGUAGGAGCCUGUUUUCAAUGUGCAUAGCCGUUUCUGCACAUAUUUUGACGAUUAAUGUCUUUUGGGACGUGGUAUUAACUUGAUGUAUCUCCAAACUUCCACCAUGACCAAACUAUAUGGCUACUUUGUGCUUUUG